GACAUUCACAACACCCACUUCUUAUAUUGCACAUUGUCACUCUCAUUGUAAUGGAUAUCACUGAAAAACAACAGUUAUGGUGACCCUCCCAGAAGAAAUCAGGUUUAUUUGGUGUCGUCCGAAAAUACUGUCUUCAAUCUUCUUUCUCGUCAAUCGCUAUUUUGCCCUGGUCGGCAAUGUCUUUGGCUUCUGUUCGACAUACAUGCUAGUCGGAGAGCUGCACCUUUUUAUUCAACAAAUCACUGUUGCCUUCACAUUGACUCUGCGCAUUCAUGCCCUGUAUGGUCGUAACUGGCGCUUGCUUAGUUGCAUGGUAAUCAUCGGCCUUGCUCUUAUGGGAGGAGCGUCUGCGAGUUCUUAUAGCGACAACAAUACCACGACUUACAUCCCAGGAAGUGAUUGUCAUAACACAUUCACAGCAGAGGCGUAUGUCAUUCCUUUCAUCGGUCAUGGGCUGGCUUGGAUUGCAGUUUUUGUCUAUGAUUUACUCAUCUUUGUCCUUAUGGUCUUCAGGACUUGCAAGACUAGGGGAUUACUGCGAUCGUCUCUAUCCAGCAGAGAUAUCACUGGUGUCGUAUUUCAAGAUGCGAUGACAUUGAUUAAUAUACCCAACAUUCUGAUGUACUACUGUGGUUCAGUGAGCACACACCCGCAUCUUGUAAGCAGGUUGGCUAAUUUCCUGACGAUCGACAAGGAUAUCACCAGGGGAAAUCUAGCCACGUUUACUGGUUGCAUGUCCGUCACUCUCGUCUCUCGGCUGGUGCUUAACUUGCACAAAUCCACGGACGAUGGCAUUUUCUCCGCCGCCAUCCGGAACGAUGGCCCCA